AUGGGUUUAACAGCGAAGUGCGAUCUCACCAACGAGAAUGCGCAGUAUCCCUACUGUGCCAGUCCCCCGGCGGCCAUUAUCUUCUCCGUCCUCUUCGGCGUGACGUUCGCAGGCCACUUGGCGCUGGCCAUUCUCUACCGUAAGAAGUUCUGCUGGGUGAUCAUCGUGGGCAGUGGUUGGGAAUGUCUGGGUUUGAUCAUGCGUGCCUACUCGACACUGGACCAGACCAAGUCAUCCACCCUCGCUGCUGCACAGCUGCUCGUCCUGCUCGCCCCGCUGUGGAUUAACGCAUUCGUGUACAUGAUCUUCGGCCGUAUGGUCUACUACUACACUCCGAACAAGAAAAUCAAGGGCAUCAAAGCCGAGAGCAUGGCCAAGAUCUUUAUCUGGCUCGAUAUAACCGCCUUUAUCAUCCAAGGUACCGGUGGUAUUCUCGACUCUGACGGCUUCGGCGAGAAGCUGAACCGCACUGGUAUGAACAUCUACACCGCCGGGAUCGCCAUCCAGGAAUUCUUCAUCCUCUGUUUCCUCGUUCUGUUGAUCGUGUUCCAUAAGCGCAUGCUGGCGGGAUACCGUAAUAUCGAGCGCGGAAAUGGGUGGAAAUGGAUGGUGUAUGGCAUGUAUGUGACAUUGCUCUGCCUGACGACCCGUAUUGUCUACCGUCUGAUCGAGUUUGCCAACCCCAACCAGGCCGGUAAGACCGUGCUGAGCACCAAGGAGGCCCCGUUCUACAUCCUUGAAUGCGUCCCCAUCUUCAUCGGCAUGAUGCUCUGGAAUGCCUUGCACCCUGGCCGGAUCAUGCCGGGCCCCGACAGCGAGUUCCCCAAGGUCUCGCGCGCGGAGAAGAAGCAGAUGAAGCGGGAGGCCAAGGAGGCGAAGAAGCAACAGCGCCGAGUGGGCUUUAGUCAGAAGUAUACCGCGGUCAACGACUCGGAAUACACUCUCACCCGCCCCAGUGGUGAGGAGCAUGAGGCUGGCUACGGCGGGGGACGGUGGCCCCUGAACGAGGUGGAAUCGGGCCGAGGAGGCUAUGGUAAUGAGUAUGGCUAUGUUCGUUGA